GUUUCUUGAAGCUAAGAAGUACAGAAUACCUCUGCCAAGUGAAUGGCUGUCGUCGUUACACACACCCAUCCUUUCCACCCUCCUACCCGCCACAACCACACCCUUUCAUAACCCCAAUUCUCCUUCAAUCUCCUUCUCUUCCUCCAUAGCCCCUCUCCGUCAUUGGUUUCCUUCUCCCCCAAGCAGCCAUGGCAGCGCUGCAGCAAUCCCUUUCGCUAGCCUCCCCAGUCUCCCAACGCCACCAUUAUCAGCAACCCAGAGCAGCUCUUUCAGGCUUGGCGCUCCAUUGCUCAAGAUCCCUCUUCAAUGGGCAGUCCUUGCGCCUACCUUGUAACCACCGCACGGCUUCCAUCAAGCGGAAUCCACAGGGUUCGUCCGGGGUUGUGGUGACAAUGAUGGCGAAGCCAUCAAUUCAGUUCAUCCAAGGAACCGAUGAACAGACAAUACCGGAUGUGAAGCUCACCAAGUCGAGGGACGGCACCAACGGCAUGGCCAUAUUCAACUUCGAGCAGCCUUCUGUGUUUGACUCGUCCGGUGAACUCGGCGACAUCACUGGCUUCUUCAUGAUUGACGAGGAGGGUGUGCUUCAGUCGGUUGAUGUCAGUGCCAAGUUUGUGAACGGGAAGCCGGCUCGCAUCGAAGCCAAGUACGUGAUGCGGACUCCCAGGGAGUGGGACAGGUUCAUGAGGUUCAUGGAGAGAUAUGCUAAUGCGAAUGGCUUGCAGUUUGUAAAGAAAUGAGGCAAUGUAUGUUGCUUACUUACUUACACCCUUCUCUCUUUUCUGAUAUCUCACUUACAAGUUCUAUUGUGUUCUUGUUCUCCAUUUUAGCUUUUGCUUGUGCACAUUAGUGGAAGUGAAGCUUCAGAAAUGUUCUGGUCUGGUACCGUCUUCCGGAAGUGUUUUGUUGAAUGAAAGCUAUGGUUGCCAUUUUGAAUUUUCCAAUGGCAUCCGAUUUUUCCAGAGGGAUUCUGCUUUGACCUAGAGCAUGUUACUUUCGUGCAUUAGAGAUCUUUUUUUGAGAAUGUUGUCUGGUAAAUGGAGUAUGGUACUCUCUUCUGAAUGAGAAAGGCAAAAGAGCAAGAAUCUUCAUUGAACAUGACACUAAUGUUGUAGGUAAGACAAGAUCAAGAGUCUUGACUUGUUGAAGUAAGCUGAAAAACGAUAACUCUAUCUUAGCCAAGUAGAAUAUCUAAGAUGUAUCUGAAUGAGCAUGGAAUCCUCAUCAGGUGCAAUUCCAAUAGUAUGAAGUUAAGGUUGAACAAAUGCUACUUGGUUGUCCCUUCCGUAAAAACGCCACUGUUAUUUCCUCUUCCAUGUCACUGAGAUAGGGCUUCUGACCCUGGUGAGGUGAUUUUGAGAGUUUAUCCAUGUCAAAUGGCCUUCUGCAAAGCUCAGCUUCUCCCUUGUCAUUCUCUUCCUCGAUAUGAACCACACCCUAUAGCUCAAAACCUGAUUUCUUUGCUUGAAGUGGAGCUUUGUCGGUUUUACUCUGACCUUCACUCCCUCUGGAGCCUUCACUUCCACUGAGUAUAUGGAAUUCGGUCGGCCUACGUUUGUUAGUUUCCUCCUCAUCAUCUUCCUCCUUGUUCCCUGCCUGAAAAUUACAGAAAUGGAGGGGUAAUUGAGGCUGAAACCUUUGUUCAUCUUCAGCAGCUCGCUGCAACUCACGUUCCUGUGUGUGAUGGUGAAGAUCUCUGAUCUUGUAUACCCAAGUGUGCACAGAUGAGUAACAUAAUCUUCUGGCCUGAUAUCAUAUAUCAGCCCUGGAUAGAUGGCUCUCUGGGGGUUCACAUGUCCAGCUCCCAUGGCGAAAACUCCAGCCGGUUUAUCGCCAUCCAUUAUGGGAUUCCCAGAAUGGUCAGUUACAUCUGCGGUGGUCAGCAUUGCAGAUUUAACAGCUGCAGGGCUCCAUUUUGGGUGAGCUGAUCUUAUCAGUGCUGCAAUUCCACUGACAUGGGGACACGCCAUGGAUGUUCCUGACAUGACAGUGAAAUUCACCCUUCUGGAAUCUUCUGGAAGACCUGUAGGCCCCAGGUUUUGAGGCCAAGCUGCAAUGAUGUUGACUCCAGGUGCUAUUACAUCUGGUUUCAGCACUGAGGGGUUGGUGAAGCUUGGUCCCCUGGCCGAAAACUGAGCCACUGCUGGUGCUCUGGACUUCCCAAUCACAGUUCCACCAAACACAAUGCGAGCUCUUGGAUUUCUUGUGGAGUUGAUAUAAGCUUUCAGACGAAGUGAUUCUGUGAAGCCCACCAAUGUUGCAGGCAAGACGUGGACAUCAACAGAAUCCUCCUCCAUAUUGAUGGCUGUGUUCGCUAGGAUCAUUGCACCACCACCCGACUGCUUCACCACUUGACCCUUUUCAGCCCUUCCAUUGACACCUCGGUCGCAGACCACCAUCUUCCCCUGGAUCUUUACCUUGGGGAGAGAACCUGCAAAACAGAAUUCACUUCCCUUUUUGCCACCUGCUGGUGCGUAAACCAGUUCAAACUCCUUUGUGGUGCUUGGAAACUCGUUUCCCGGGAACAUGGAUUCCCCAGAGAGGAAUUCACCAUUCCCGAGUUGAACAAUUGCUGGAAACUCUCUGUCCAGUGUGCUUGCUCCUAUGGUUGCAAUCCAUGGAGCCUCAUUGGCAACUGAAUAUUGGAGAGGACCACUGUUUCCAGCUGCACAUACAACUGAAAUCCCAUGCUCCACUGCUCGAAAGCUACCGAUUGCUAUGCUGUCUGCAAAAAGUGGUAGCGGGAAUCCUCCUAUGGAGAGGGACAGGAUAUCAACUCCAUCUCUAAUAGCUGUGUCCAUGGCAGCCAGGAUAUCAGAGCUGUAGCAGCCAUUUGUCCAGCAAACUUUGUAGACGGCAAUGUGAGCCCCAGGAGCCAUCCCUCGAGCAACACCGCCACCAUUCCCGAGCACGCUAGCCUUAGGAACCGAAGCACCUCCAGCGGUCGAAGAAGUGUGCGUGCCAUGCCCGUGGGAAUCUCUAGGCGAUGCGUAUUCUUGAAUCGUGUUUGCAGGCGACGACGAAGGAGAAGCCACCGUGUGACCUUUAGUGAAGAACCUCGCUCCAAUGAGCUUCCUGUUGCAGUUUGAGGAAUCAAAGUCUUGCCCUUGUUGGCAAAUCCCUUUCCAUUCCCCGGGAACGGGAGGCAUUCCCCUGUCGUUGAAGCUCGGACUCUCGGGCCAGACUCCGGUGUCUAGAACCCCAAUGAUGGUGCCGUGGCCGAAUCCAGACUGGUACCAAGCAUCUUUUCUGGCAGGGGUGAGGCCCAUGAACUUGUAGGAGUAAGUAGUGUGGAGCUGAAGCCUGGUGUCCGGCCUAACGGCGACGACACCAGGCAGCUUCUUCAGCAGGUCCAGCUCGGAAUCAGAGAGCUGAGCAGCGAAGCCUUCCAUGGCGGAGGUGUAGGAAUAGAGAAGGCGGGUGGAAGAGUCGUCAGCUGAAACGGACUGCUCAAGGAAGGAAAGGUGCCAGUGAAACUUGGAGGGAAAUGCAGAGCUUGUUGGUGUGAAACCAUGUGGAUGUGGGUGGAGCUGGACAAUGUAGGUUUGCAGAGGCUUUGCAUGAAGGCAGAGUAAGCAAGAGAAGAGGACAUGGAGAAAGGUGACAACUUUAGCUUCCAUUUGGGAAGUAGUUCAAGAUCAAGUAGAUGCUUGGAGAUGGAUGCAUGGCUGGGGUCAAGAAUCUCAGCAGGUAUUUGUAGGAGCCGACCCUGAGUGUCCAAAUAGAAGAAUAUGAAACUCGUGAAGCAAGAAGAGCUCUCCCUCACGAGGAUCCUUUGUUGGCGGGAAGACAGAGAGAAGGAGUAAGGGUUAUCUUCCUUUGUUUGCAAACUCAAAACUCAGUAAGAGAGCUCUUUCCUCACGGGAUGUUUUUUGGGUAG